UGAUCGUACUUUAUCCGUCGGCAGUUCGCCGUUCAUGGAUGAAUUGAUACGAUGACAGGUUCUUCCCUGGGUGCGUUAGGAGGGAAGGUCGUGUUGGCGUCCUCGAGCGACGAGGCUCAGCCGCCGCGAAACAUCAUCGACGGCAACGCCGAGACGUUCUGGAUGUCCACCGGGAUGUUCCCGCAGGAGUUCAUCGUCCGCCUGGCUGAGACCACGGGCAUCGACCAAGUGACGAUAGACAGCUAUAACGUUAAGAGUCUGAAGAUAGAAACAAACACAUUGGAUACCUUUCAAGACUUUCAAUCUGUCGCAGAAACAGAAUUUGAACAAACCGAAGGUCAACUGCAAUCAAAUGCUAUUUCACUAAAAGGAACCACUGCUUCCCAUCUGCGGUUCAUCAUCACCUCGGGAUACGAUCCUUUUGUCUCAGUGCACAGGGUCAGCAUUCAGACCUAGUCUUCCAGGGCCCAGCACUGGCAAGAUGUCCUUUUCCAAAGUGUAUAGGGGCCAGUUCAGUUAUAUUUUUGUAAUUGUCAAUGGCAUGGCCAAGUGUGUCACAUUGUGUCAAGCUUUUAAGGAAAUUACUUUACAGACAGUCAGUUUGGAGAACUAGCAUAAUACAUGUUGUAUGUCUUUAGUUUAAUUAUCUUGGAAAUGCAGCCUGAGUUAAAUGGAUUAAAUCAGUUAAAUCAGC